GGGUGCUGGCAGGGAGGGGGUCGGCUGUUUUUCAGGAGACUUAGAGCCGAGUAAGACAAAGCACAGCGCGGUCCCUGCAGGCGCCAUGGAACGACUGUCCUGUGUCUUGCUGUGGAAACUGGUGCUUCUUCAGAGCCCCGCGGUCCUUCUGUACUCAGGGCCCUCAGGUACCGCAGCAGCCAGCAGCUCUGUGGUGUCCGAGUCCGUGGUGAGCUGGGCAGCUGGGACCCAGGCGGUGCUGCGCUGCCAGAGCCCGCGCAUGGUGUGGACCCAAGACCGGCUGCACGACCGCCAGCGCGUGGUCCACUGGGACCUCAGCGGCGUCCCGGGCAGCCAAGGGCGCCGACUCGUGGAUAUGUACUCGGCGGGUGAACAGCGUGUGUACGAGCCGCGCGACCACGGCCGCCUCCUGCUGUCGCCUUCUGCCUUCCACGACGGCAACUUCUCACUGCUCAUCCGCGCUGUGGAGGAGGGAGACGAAGGGGUGUAUACCUGCAACUUGCACCACCACUACUGUCACCUCUACGAGAGCCUGGCCGUGCGCCUCGAAGUCACCGACGAUCCCCUGUUAGCUCGCGCGUACUGGGACGGCGAGAAGGAAGUGAUGGUGGUGACCCGCGGCGCGCCGGCACUGCUGACUUGCGUGAACCGUGCGCACUUGUGGACGGACCGCCACUUAGAGGAGGCGCAGCAGGUGGUGCAUUGGGACCGACAGCUGCCUGGGGUGUCGCACGACCGCGCUGACCGCUUGCUUGACCUGUACGCAUCUGGCGAGCGCCGCGCCUACGGACCAUCCUUCCUGCGUGAUCGCGUGGCAGUAAACGCCGACGCUUUUGCACGCGGCGACUUCUCCCUACGCAUAGAUGCGCUCGAGCCGGCUGAUGAGGGCAUCUAUUCUUGCCAUCUGCACCACCACUACUGCGGCCUGCACGAGCGCAGAGUCUUCCACCUACAGGUCACUGAGGCUGCCUUUGAGCAACCUGCUCCUGCCUCUCCCGGUAAUGGGUCUGGCCACAACACUGCUCCUAGCCCAGAUCCCACAUUGGUAAGUAGAUCCCGAGGCCACAGCGUCAUCAACGUCAUUGUCCCAGAGAGCCACGCACACUUCUUCCAGCAAUUGGGCUAUGUGUUGGCCACCCUGCUGCUCUUCAUCUUGCUGCUCAUCACUGUAGUCUUGGCGACACGCCAUCGUCACCGUGGAGGAUGCGAGACCUCGGACAAAAAUGCUGGGAAAUCCAAGGGGAAGGAUAUGAACAUGAUGGAGUUUGCUGCGGCCACAAGGGACCAGGCCCCUUACAGGACUGAGGACAUCCAGCUAGAUUACAAAAACAACAUCCUGAAGGAGAGGGCUGAGCUGGUCCACAGUCCCCUGCCUGCCAAGAAUGUGGAUCUGGAUAAAGAGUUCAGGAAGGAGUACUGCAAAUAAAAGGAUCCUGAGCUUCUGGCUGGGCCAGCAGCUCUAUACCAAAGGAUGUCUCCCUGACCCUCCUGUGACACUCCCGGCUUCUUCUCAGCGGCUGGACCCGCUUUCGUAGAAACUUGGCCUGAAUUUGGCCGAGCAGCUGCCUGCACUUUGUUCUUCCAAGAAUCACCCUCACCUUGGUGCGCAACUGUGGGUUCCCUUGAGACGCUGGUAUAGUAUGGUUGCUGAUCACCCUCACCUUGGUGAGCAACUGUGGGUUCCCUUGAGACGCUGGUAUAGUAUGGUUGCUGCCUUUCAGUUACCUGUACUCCUAACUUUGACACAACAUCCACCAAAUGCACAGUCUCUCGUGGUUUCUUCCUGCUAGGAUCAGGAAGACAUUUAGACUCCUAGUCACUGUUCAACAUGUUAACCAUUGUCUUGGGGAGCCCCCAGGAACUUUCUGGACUGCACUAUGCCUAUGCAUCACUCAGAGCCCUGCUGUCACAUGUUCUGAGUCACGGGCCCUCCACUUGGAGCUGGCCCAUUGCCCCUUUUCUGCUUUGGAUCCCUUUCUGUUGAUGGCCUUCCAAGAGUCGCACCAGCAGUUACUGGGUACCAUGUGACUCUUGGGCUCGACAUCCCCCUUUGCUGGAGUCUGGGAUUGGGGCUCUACUUGUCCUCUGUUUUGGCUGAAGAUGGGGAAGAAGGUUCCGAGAGGCCUGCGCUGCCACACCAAGCAGCUCCUACUGGGGAAGUUUUCAUGUCAUAAUAAAGAACACA